AUGAAUAACUCUACAGUAAACUUAACCACACCUGAAGCAUCCUAUUCCUUUGAGCUAGCGGACAGUAGGAAAAUAUGUGUCUUCAGCAUCAGUUUCCUGUUGGGUCUUCCUACACACUCCUAUGUUAUUUGGCUCAUCAUCACAGGAACAGGAAGUAGAGUUGCAUCAGAGUUUUUCUUCUUCAAUCUGUCUGUUUGUGAGAUUGGUAACAGCCUCAAUUCAAUGUUUGGUCUACUGUCAUAUUUGUUUUCAAGUUUCACAAUAUUAACACAUUUUUUGCAAGGACUAGGCAUCACUGGCCGUCCUCUGUUUCAGUGUCUGAUGUGUUUUGAGUGUUACCUGGCAGUGGUUCAUCCUGUAACCUUUCUGAAGUACAAACCUCUCAGAUAUAGAGUGAUGUGCUGCACUGCGGCCUGGAUAAUCACUCUCGGUUCCUGUUUAUUCUGCAUCUUUACUUUACUAUCAUUCAACAUAGAGCCAUAUAUAUGGUUUUUCUCAACAGCAUUCCUAUUCUUCCUCUCCAUCCAGUUGUUUUGUCUUGUGACUGUUCUCAGAGCUCUGAAGCAGUCAGGACCAGGAGAGAGAAAGAGAGAGAGAGGGGAGGAAAACCACAUGAAGAGAAGAGCAUUUUAUCUUAUUCUGAUAACAACAAUAAACUUGAUUAUUCAAUAUAUGCCAUUUACUAUCACAGGAUUCUUUGUCAUUCUAGCUCAAAAGGAUAUUUUUGUCUUUUGGUUUCCUGCUUUUCUUUGUUAUGUGCUAGCUGGUUUUGUGCAGCCUGUUCUUUAUUUACAACGGGCUGGAAAACUUUUCUGCCUCUGUUCUUCAUAA